GCUCUGUAACACCCUCACACUGAGAACACAAGCUCACACACUGCCGGUCUCAGCAGCCACACUAAGCUCUCUGAAGUCACCAAGGAGAUGGGAGUAAAUUAUCCCGAGGAAGAAACCAGGCUUCCCCCAAACAUCCUGGAGCUGAUCGAGAAGUUCAAUGUGUCUGAGGCUUGCUUCUCGCCUCCUCCAAGAUCCCUCAAGCUCAUAAUGGAGCUGACCUGGUUGGACGUGGGUGUCUUCAGCAUGCUGACCCUAAUCACCGUCCUCUCCAUCCUCAUCUACCUGGAGAACGCCUGCUACCUCCUGUCGAAAAUCAAGUGCCCCAUUAAGAGGAAGACACUGAUGUGGAUCAGUGCAUCACCAACUGUCUUCACCAUCACGUCCUGCCUCGGCCUCUGGGUCCCUCGAGCUGUGAUGUUUGUGGACAUGGUAGCAGCUAUGUACUUUGCUGUCUGUUAUUACCUGCUGCUGCUGGUCAUAGUGCAGGGGUACGGUGGUGAGGAAGCCAUGCUGGAGCACAUCGCGACAGACCGUGUCAGGAUCAGCACGGGCCCCUGCUGCUGCUGCUGCCCCUGUCUCCCCCGCAUCCGGAUCACCAGAAAGAAUUUUCGGCUCUUGGUGCUCGGAGUUUUCCAGGUGGCAUUCCUGCGACCCGCCCUAUUCUUCCUGGGAGUAGUCUUGUGGACAAACGGCCUCUAUGACCCAGACGAUUGGUCGGCGUCCAGCAUCUUCCUGUGGAUAAACCUCUUUCUGGGAGUCUCCACCAUCGUGGGAUUGUGGCCGAUCGCCAUCCUGUUUCGACAUUCCAAACUGCUCCAGGCCGACCAGAACCUGGCGUGCAAGUUCGCGCUUUUCCAGGUGACUCUCAUCCUGUCAUCGCUGCAGAAUUCCAUCAUCGGAACGCUAGCAGGGGCCGGACACAUUGGCUGCGCUCCCCCCUACUCCGCCAGGACCAGAGGCCAACUCAUGAACAACCAGCUGCUAAUUCUAGAGAUGUUCCUUGUUGGUGUCUUCACACGGAAAUCCUACCGGAAGAGCGACGGUCGCCCUGGUUACAGGCCUGUGGGUGAAACUCAUCAACAGGGAGACAAGAUGGCUGAUAAAGAAUGUGAAGCAGGGGCCACUGCAGAUCAACAGCCCGGUCACUCUGCAGUUUGCAAUAUGUAAACAAUAAUUACUUGAAGUAAAAUGUGACACUUUACAUGAAAAUGCCAUAAGUUAUUUGAUUUUAAUUGUCCACCUUAUUCCGAAUGUGACACACAGUCAGCCGGUGAAAUGAAAUGAGAGUGAGGGCUGAGGCAGAGCAUGGUAGGUGAAUGGUGGAACCAGGUCAGGUGGGCUAUGAUGGACAGAAGGAUCCAGGUGGGGGUGGGGAGAUGCAUAGAGAUACACCUUGGGAGACAGGUGGAACCAGUUUGGUGGGGGGGGGGGGUGAGGAACAGGGAAGAUGAACUAUGGGAGAAGAAGCUCAAGUGAUUGAGGGGAGAGGGACACAAAAGUUGAUCGAAAGGAGAGGGACCUUUAGAAUCAGAAUCAGGCUUAUUCUCACUGAGGUAUGUAGUGAAAUUUGCUGCUUUAUGGCAGCAGUACAGAGCAAUAUGUAAUAAAUUUCUACAAGUUACUAUGCUGAUAGGCCAAAUGGACUAAUUCUGCUUUUAUAUCUUAUGGUCUUAGUUACAAGAAAUAACUAAAUAGUUCAAAUAGUGAAGAAGUGUUCAUGGGCUCAUUGUCCAUUCAGAAAUCUGAUGGUGGAGGGGAAGAAGCUGUUCCUGAAUCAUUGAGUGUGUCUUCAGGCUCCUGUACCUCCCUCCUGAUGGUAGCAAUGAGAAGAGGACAUGUCCUGGGUGGUGAGGGUAAAAGAUGUUGCCUUUUGACGAUGUCCUUGAUGCUGUGCCCCGAUGGAGUUGGCCGAGUUUACAACUCUCUGCCGCCAUUUGUGAUCCUGUGUACUGGAGCCUUCGUACCAGGUGGUGAUCUAUCUCUUGGUCAGGGGACCAAGAUUAUAAGCCAGAGGUUCCGGCUCACCGCCAAUGCACAUGCUCCCUGUAGGAAACAGUGCCAAUGACAUCACAAGAUGGCGGCACACACAGCUGCAGCGGCCUCUCCAGCUUCAAUCGACAUUGAAAUUUUCAUUCUGUUCAUCUUUUCUACGAUUGAAAAACACGGCUGAUCAUAAAGAACACAAUAUUUUGUUAGCUUAUUUGCAGUAAUAUUUUGUUCUGUGUGCUGUGUGGUAUAUUUUGUGGAUGCACCGUGGUCCGGAAAACAUUGUUUCAUUUGUGUGUAUGUAGUCAGAUGACAAUAAACUUGAACUUGAGACUCCCACCAUACCUGAGCAGCCUGCCUCCGAGCCAAACAUGGAUCAGGGAGACAGUGGCUGGGUUGCAUCCUCUCAAGGAGGAGGGCUUUAUCGUUGCACAUGACAACACAAGCAAACUUCACCACUCACCGCCCAGGUAUGAAGCACCGGUGGCUUUAGCAACACACACAAAAUGCCGGAAAACUCAGCAGGGGUUCCUCAGCCUGGAACAGUGACUAUUUGUUAAUUUCCAAAGAUGCUGCGAUCCUCCAGCAUUUUGUGUGUUGCUCAGGCUUCUAGCAUCUACAGGCCUUCCUCAGGUUUGUGAUACCAGUAGCUGGUAUGAUACUGCUAACUUGUAUCAUAUAUGCACGUCAUUAUUUGUUACUUAAUUUAUGGUAAUAUUACUUCACGUGUUGUGUGUGAGUUAGAUGUGCAUGUUGGUUCACAGGAACAUUGUCUCAUUUGGUGACAAUGUGUACAGCUGAAUAACAAUGAAGUUGAAGUUGACAUACAGUCCUGUGCAAAAGCCUUUGGCAUUCAGGUUUGUUAUAUGGUUACAGAAAGAACGGGCUUGAUGGCAUCCUGAUCUCAACAUCAUCAAGGGUGUCUGGAGAGACAGACGCAAGCGAGGCAGCCAAAGUCUGUAGAAGAACCGUGGCAAGUUCUCCAAGAUGCCUGGAACAACCUACCAGCCAAUUUUCUUAUAAAACAGCAGAACAGUGUACCAAAGAGAAUUGAUACUGUUUUAAAGGCAAAGGGUGGUUAGACCAAAUAUUGAUUUGAUUUAGUUUUUGACCGUGUACCGCUCUCUAUAGUAAUUUUUUUUAUAUUUAGAAACUUCUCAUUUAAUUAUUU